UUUUUUCAUUUUACUCGGUCAUACACAGCUCCCUCUCUCCGUCGGCGCCUCUCUCCCCCCGCUUCCCUUCCCAUAAUUCUCAAUUGCUUUUCUCCCCCAUUUCACUGACUACUGCCGGCAGCCAGUGAUCACCGACUGAUCACCGACGGCGUCUCGUUUCUCUCCCAAGCGAUGAUAAAUUUUCUCUCUCAAUUCUAGUCCAAUAGCGGACUAACAGCAUAAAGGCGCCACACGCCAAACGUCGACGUCGGGAGAGAGAGAGAGAGGGAGAGGAAGCUGUGAGAGUGAGAAAGGGAGAAGAAAGCCAUUUCUCAGUUCUCACCACCUCGCCGGAGAAAGAAAACGGUGGAUAAUUAGUGGAAAAUAAAGUAAUUCGGAGACAGUGUAUUGAUGCGCACAUUGACUAGCUGACUGAAUCUGCAAGUUUAGAUUUGAGGGUAGAUUACUGCCUUGAAAUGAGUUGGAAUCCAUAUAUGGAAGCUCAUUACAUGAACACUAGCUACCCUUAUAAUUCUGCCGGAAGCUUUAUGGAAUAUUUUGAAGGCCUUACAUAUGAACAUGUGAAUUUCAUUUUUGAUGGGGCUUCCCAAAUUCAGGAAAGUGUGUACCCAUCCAUGAAUGCAAAUCUCUACAAGUUCAGCUUGUCCCAAUCUGGGAGUAGUUUAUAUUAUGAUCAUAGUCAUGCUUAUGAGAUCCAUGCUCUCGGGCCACAAAUUGAUGAUUAUAGAAGGCCUCUGGAGAAUUCUUCAACUAUGACUAAUGUGCCAACUGCUGCUGUAAGCGCAGAACGGGAAGGAAAUGAAAACAUGGGUGCUCAAAAUGAUCCUGAGGAAUGUAAGUUCUGAAUUUCAUUUUGGUGUUAUCUUUCCCAGUUAGAUGGAUGAUUAUUUUUCUAUGGGGGAUGAUGGUAAAGAUAUUCAUUAAAACUUUAUAGUGGAUGGAGAGUGGUGAUUGGAAAGAUACUGAACUAUCCAUAGAAUUAGUAAACUAAAAUAUUUAUGUUAAAAGUGGCAGUGGGACCUAAUCAUGCUGAACUAUCUAUAUAUUUAUUUUGUUUUAGUAUAUUUAAAUUUUCUAA